UCUAUCUAUCUAUCUAUCUCUCUGUCUCUGUCUCUCCGUCUCUCCUUCUCUUUAUCCGUCUCCGUCUUAACCUCCGUCUCUGUCUCCGUCUCUGUCUCCGUCUCUGUCGCGCUCGUCGGCCGCUCGCUUCUUCGUUCUCUAGAUAUAGCUCUUUAUCUCUACGGUGACACUUUUUCAACGAUAUUCGGCCAAUUUCUUCGCACGAAGGAGAGGAUUUGUUUGAUCAGGAAAAAGGGAGAUAUACAUUUCCAUUUGGAUUUUGUUAGAUCGAAGAGAAAAGAGAUCUCUUGUUUGAGAUUAAUACGACGAGGAUCGUAAUAAGAAGAAAAUAAUAAUAAUAAUAAUAAUAAUAGUAAUAAAAAGAAGAAGAAGAAGAAGAAGAAGAAGAGGAGGGAGAAGAAGAUAAGAAGAAGUAGAAGAAAAAAGAAAGAAAGAAAAGAGAAAAGAGUGAGAGAAAGAGAGAGAGAGAGAGAGAGAGAGACAGAGAGGGAGAAAGAGAAAGAAAGGAAGAAAGAAAAAGAGUUAGAGAUAGAAAGUGUACGGCGUGUGUUUAUGGAAUAUAUUUAGACAGUAGUAGUCGAGUAGGAUAAGUUAGAUCAGAACGAUGUGAUCGUUUGAAGGGGCCAGAGGCUUCUCCAGCCGGCUUCCUCACUGGCGAGGGAUGUCCUCCUCCGCGGGCACGAGUUGCACGGACGCCGAGGAGGACGCCGAGGAUGUGGAGAACGAGGUCGUUGGAACGAGGCCCGCUUCGUUUGCCCGUUAUUCGUGGUCAUCGCCGUCGUCAUCAUCACCGACACCAUCGUCGUUUACGACGAGAAGAAGAAGAGGAAGAGCAUCAGCAACGCAGUCAUCGUCAUCAUCGUCGUCGUCGUUCUUAUCAUCCGUUUCAUCGUCACCGUCGUUCACGUUCCCGUUCACGUUCCCGUUCACGUCCUCGUUUUCGUCAUCGUCAUCAUCAUCAUCCCCGUCAUCACCAUCGUCGCCAUCAACUUCUACGGCCAGCAUUAACGAUAGCUCGGCCAAUCACUUGGAAGGACUGCGGUUAGAUGGGUCAGUGCUCAUCAUUGGCACAUAUCCAUCAAAAGGACAACCGGCGGAGGACUCUAUCAGCGAGUUCUCGUUGCGAGCAUUGCCUAGGAUUAUCUUAUAAGAUAGAACUUGAUUGUUGGCUCGCCUAUUUAUACUUCUAUUAUUAUUACUAUUACUAUUACGAUUAUUAUAAUUAUUACUACUACUACUACUACUACUACUACUACUACUGCUACUAUUACUACUGCUGCUGCUGCUGCUACUACUACUACUAUUACUACUACUACUACUACUGCUGCUGCUGCUGCUGCUGCUGCUGCUGCUGCUGCUGCUAUUACUACUACUACUACUACUAUUUCAUCAUUACCUUCUAUCGUUAUUCCUAUUAUAUUCUCUAUCCAUCAAAAGCCUCUUUGCUUAUCCAAUCGAUCAUUGUCCUCGUCAUUGACGAGACUACUUCCUCCUUCUUAGUCGUCUUGGGCCAGAAAAGUGGGCCGAAGGUUAUCGUACUUUCAUCGAUCGAUCCCAAUCUUAUCCUCCAUUGUUCUUCUUCUUCUUUUUCUUCUUCAUUUUCUUCUUCUUCUUCUUCUUCUUCUUCUACUACUUCUUCUUUCUCCUCCUCCACCUUCUUCUUCUUUUCAUCCUUAUCUUUUAUCUUGAAUCUUUCUAUUCCUUUUUCCUCGUUAAAAAGAAAGGGACUACUACCAGACAGCCAAUCGUAUUUGAUUUUCGCCAAUACUGCGAUGUCGCGGGGAAGGGAGACGAUCUUCAGGUGACGAAAGAAGCGCCACGUUCUCCUCUUUUUCUUCUUCUUUUUCUUAUUCCUUAUCCUCCAUCACCUCCUAUUCCUUAUCCUUAUCCUUCUCGAUCCCCUCUAUUCUUCCACUAUAUCCUAUUCCUUUAUAUCCUUAUUCCAAACGUCAAUCGUCAAUUCCGUGGAUAUAAAAUUACGUGGGAUCUCUCUCAAUGGUGUUUCGGCCAGCGGCGAUGAUGACGAUGAUAAUGAUGACGUUGAUUAUGAUGAUGAUGAUGACGAUGAAGAUGACGAUGAUGAUGAUGAUGUUGUUGGUGAUAAUGGUGAUGAUUGUAAUUAUAAUUAUGGUGG